AUGAGCGUCCUCUUUGGCAAGCGCCGUCGUCGCCCUCUCUCCAGCAGCGAUGCAGCAGCGCUCGCCGUGUCGUCCACGUCAGACUCGAAGGCUCAGCCACGUGUUGAGCCAAGACCCACAGGCGACGACAAGGUGCUGGUAGGAAGCGGCGACUCGGCAUCUGCCGCGCUGCUGUCGUUCGUGGACGUUGGUGUGGACCAGUGGCUGGUUAAACGCUGCGAGUUGCUGGGUAUCCGCCACCCUACGCCAGUGCAGGCUCAGUGCAUCCCUCCGAUUCUCGCUGGACGUGAUGUGAUUGGCUGCGCUCAGACAGGUAGCGGCAAGACUGCGGCUUUCGCGCUGCCGAUCCUGCACACACUGAGCAAAGAGCCGUACGGUCCGUUUGCUCUCGUCUUGACACCUACGCGGGAACUGGCUUUCCAGAUUGCAGACCAGUUCAACGCCUUUGGCAGCUCGAUAGCGGUGCGCUGUACUGUAGUUGUCGGUGGCGUGGACAUGCUCAAGCAGUCGCUGGCGCUCCAGCAGCGACCGCAUAUAAUUGUGGCCACGCCUGGCCGCUUUCGAGACCACUUGCUGCGUGUAGACCCACCCAACAUCUCGCUGGUCAAGUUUGUAGUGCUGGACGAAGCGGACCGACUACUGGAUGUGUCGUUUGCCAAGGACCUGAGCUUCAUCUUCGACAAGCUGCCGACCAAGCGACAGACGCUGCUCUUCUCUGCAACCAUGACAGCUAAUUUGGACAGAUUGGAGCAGACGGCGCUCUCGGAUGACGCGUUUCGCUUCGACGCGACGCCUAGUGUCAAGACAGUGGCAACGCUGAAACAGUUUUACCUGUUCAUACCAGAGCAGGUCAAGAUGACAUACCUUGUGUAUCUGAUGAAGAUGCUAGAUCCAAACGACGACGAUGCAACGGAGGAUCAGGAAAAGCGCAAGCGGUCAAAGGGCGAUCGCAAAAAGCAGGAUAUGGAAAAGCUGCUAACGACCACAGCACUCUCAUCAGCUCAUCCUGUGCGAUCCAUGAUGAUCUUUGUAUCCACGUGCAAGACGUGCGAGCUGAUCGGCGCGAUCAGCAACGAACUGGGUACCAAAUGUGAGACGCUCCACUCGAUGAUGUCGCAGAACCGGCGUCUGGCGGCAUUGGGCAAGUUCAAGAGCGGUCUGAGCCACAUACUCAUCAGCACCGACGUUGCGAGUCGCGGGCUCGACAUCCCCGAGGUCGACAUUGUGCUCAACUUCGACCUGCCGCGAGACGCUGACGACUAUAUUCACCGCGUGGGUCGUACUGCUCGUGCUGGACGCAACGGCCAGGCCAUUUCUCUCGUCACGCAGCACGACAUCGAGUUGCUGCAGAACAUCGAAGCGCAGGUGGGCAAGAAGAUGGACAACUACGAGCCGGAGGUGCCCGAGAAAAAGGUGCUCAAGCUGCUCAACGACGUGUCUACUGCCUCGCGCAUUGCCAAGAUGAAGCUGACUGAGCGUGGUUUCGACGACAAGGUGCGAGCUCGUAAGGCCAAACGCCAGCAACAGCCACAACCGCAACAUCAGCACAAGAAGCCGAAGCCGUCGAUAUGA